AUGAGAUUUUCCAACACUUUGAGGGCGAACCAAGUCGACGAGUGGAAGGAAAACUACGUAUCUUACGAAAUUCUCAAGUCCCUGAUGGUGAAAGACAGAAAGGGAUUCAAGACCCAGAUUAACGAGGAGCUCAGGAAGAUAAACGACUUCUUCUUCCUGCUUGAAAAAAAGGCUGUCAUUGAAAAGGAGGAGAUAUUCAUAGAUGCAGGGAUAUCCGCCGAGGCCAGGGUGCCCAAUGACUCCGGAAUAAGAAUCAGAGGCUCCCGAAAGAAGGCUGGGUGCCUCAGCGAUGACUAUGGCCUGGGAAGAGAUGACCAAAAGGACCGGCUUAGAAUCAGCACUGACGGAAAAGAUGAGCUUGAUGAGGAAAGGGACGACGAGGACUCUAAGUCUGCAAGUACUUCUGAAGAAGUGGAGGAUGAGAUUGAGGAAUUGGCCAAAAAAGCCGUGAAAGGCACAAAUGAGAAGGGCUUUGCAGAUAUAUUUAAGAUUUCCAAGCGGCUUGAAAGGAGGAAAAAGGAAAAGAAUAUACAAGAGUUCCUCCAUGCAGUGAUAAACAUUAAAAGGUUUAGGGAGCUGAACUACACAGGGCUGAUGAAGCUUUUGAAGAAAUAUGACAGGAUGUAUCCCCAAGAAAGGUUUUAUGAUUCCUUCUCUAGAAGUGUCAGCGAGUCAUACUUCAAUAAGUCCAGGCGCAUUGACGAUGUAUGUAGGUCCGUGAAGGAGCUUUACACAAAUACCUUUGCAAAAAACGACCCGGCUAAGGCAAAGACGGUAUUCAAGAAGUUGAAAGCCAAGAGAAAAGCAGAUCCUCUUACCUCUUAUAUGUCUGGGAUACUGGGGGGAAUAUCUCUUGGAAUGAUGGGAUUAAUCAAUUUCGGGAAGAAGCAGAUGGAUAAGGAGCUGUUCUUUUCUAUGGCGCUUCUACACUACGGAGCGUUUCUUUUCGGAAUAUCUCUUGCCAUAUUCAAAAGAUUCCACAUAAACUACAAGUUUAUUUUCAACUUCGAUGUCUGUUCAUCACUGAGCUCAGAUAAGUAUCUGCUCUUGACCUCCCUCUCUGUAUUUGCUAAUGUAGUUAGUACAUGGAUCAACAUCUCUUUUGUCCAUCUUAAUCCAUAUUGGCUGCUCUUGCCCCAUCUCCUUGUACUAGUAAUACCGCUCAGGGUGUUGUACUACGAGUCCAGAUUUUACCUCCUCUUGGUCGUGUUCAGGAUAAUCACGCUUCCGAUGUCAUUUGUAAGGUUCAGGCACUUCUACUUUGCGGAUGUUGGCCAAAGCCUUACUCCUUGCUUCAAGAAGAUAUUUUUCUAUGGGGUCAAGCUCAGCUGGAGGUCCGAGGGCUGUAUCAAUUCAUUUUUUGCAAUGGUUAGGUUCUUACAAUGUCUUAGGCGAUAUAAGGACACCCGCCUUAAAUUUCCGCACAUUGCAAAUGCUCUCAAGUACUCUCUUUCCAUCCUAGUGGGGUUCGCAGUGCCUCUGUACUCAAGCAACAAGACAUGGGACCUCUUUAUUUACAAAGGUAUGGUUGUCACUGUCUCAUCCAUUUAUUCCAGUGCUUGGGACGUAUUUAUGGACUGGGGUAUCGUUAGAGACAAGAUGAUGUAUCCCAGAUAUGCCUACACCUGCGGAGUGACAUUCAAUCUGAUAUGCAGAUUUUUCUGGGUAUUACUAUACUGGUUCAAAAUUUCUCCGCUCUGGAUGGCAUUUGUAGAAAUAAGCAGGAGGUUUGUAUGGACUAUUUUCAGAGUGGAGUUCGAGCAUCUUAACAACUGCAGCGAAUUUAAGUCAAAGGGCUCUAUGCAGCUUACGUCUAGAGAGCUCUUUUACAAAAGGGACUACGAAGCGGAUGCCAGACCCAACGACACGGAAACAGAAAACGAUUCGAGUAUUGCAUAG